CACGACUGGCUGGUCCAACUUUCCUGCUUCCAAUUCCACUGGUAUCCCGAAUCACACAUGCCAGAAUAAGUAGCCUAUGAGACGCUGGAUUUGCCAACACUUAUAGCGUUUUAACAAUAUGAAUGAACACAGCCAUGCAUUGCAAGGUCAAGAUGUUUGGAUCUAUGUCAGCGCUAUCUCUACAGGUCUGGGUGACCCUGAUGUUGCUCUGUCAACUGCAAGGUAAGGUAAUUGCACCAUCAAAUCUACAGGUGAUGGUUGGGCUUCCCUUCACACUGGCCUGUAAUAUUACCAUGAAGACAGGGGAGGUUCUAAAACAGGUGCUGUGGGUUGACAUGGCAAAUAAAACUAUACUGUACUAUCAACCUGAUAAACAUGAUCACAUCACCAGUGUGGAUGGAGUUGAGCUCACAGCACGUUCUGCAAGUCAAAAUGCUCACAACAGCGUCAUCACCAUCAGCAGAGCUGGGCCGGCCAACGAGGGCUGCUACCAUUGUUUUUUUGACGUGUAUCCGACCGGGCAGCAGAUAGGAAGGACAUGUCUCUCACUUACGGCAAUGGUGGAGCUGAUGGGCAAUAAAACUGUUGUGAGUGGAAAGCAUGUUACCCUUUCAUGCAAGUAUCUUCUAAAUAAGAGAGUCCUGCAGGUCUUAUGGAAAAAAACAGCUGAACAAGGGGACACCACUACUGUUGCUUCUUACGCCAAGAAUAGUUCACCCAUCAUCGAAAACACUUUCCAGGGUCGAGUAAGUCUAAAUCCAGCCCUUGGCCAAACCCAGCUCUCCAUACAACCGGCUCAGACAGAGGAUGAAGGCUGUUACACCUGCGAGUUCCACACAUAUCCAGAUGGCACUAAGAGCGCAACAGCUUGUCUGUCUGUAUAUGUUUUACCCAAACCUGAGGCUAGUUACACCACCGUAUCACAGGGCAUUGUUGAGGCCAACUGCACAGCGGUGUCUCGUCCAGCAGCAGAGAUCUCAUGGAAUGUGGAGGGUCAUAACCAUACACUGGGGCCUGCCGUGACAACAAUAUACGAGCUAGGGGAUGGCACCACAAUGGUGGUCAGUUCCAUUCAACUUCAGGCUGAACUACUAGACAAUGAACUUGUAAAGUGUGAAGUUCACCAUCAGGGCCUUGGUUCUGCCAUCACUAUCUCUCUGAACAAAUCUAGGAACACCCAUGUCAUUUUCAUUUCAGCAAGCUGCGUGGCACUUGUGCUGCUCAUAUGUCUAUGUAUCUGCCUGAAGAAGUGCUAACUUCACCCGCUCAUAUGGGCGACUGAACAAAGGAUGACAGAAAAUGCUGCUGCUAUGUUCAGAUGUUCACCCUGACCAAACAACGGUGAUCCCUCUAAAUCACAGAAGAAUCGGAGUUAACGUCUUUUAAUAUAACUGAUAUUCAGUACAAUAUAACACUAUAAAAAAAUAUUAACUUUAUAUUAAUGAUCAACUCUAAAUACCAUAUUUAUUCUAGACUGUAUAUUUGAGUGAAGCAUUUUUUUGUUUUGUUUUUGUUUCUUAUCUGAAAUGCACACUCUUAAAAGAGACCUAAAUCCAAGCCAGCUUGUAUUAUCUGGAAGUUCCUUUUCUAUUAUUCUGUUACCAUAUCAAAGCCAAUACAGGCAAUUUUUUUUUAUAUUGCUAAAGCUUUACUGACCUUUUAAUAUGUGUAAUCAAAAUAACUAAAUUUAUCUGGGGAAAAUACUCUUCUAGAAGUGAGCCCCUUUUCUGCAUUGGGUGCCAAGUUAUUGUCCUAAUGUUUGGAUUUGAGUGAAGUGUGUUACACAGUGUAUUAUUUUCCCACUAGUGGGAAGUCACUCAUAGCUUGAAAACUGUAGCUCACCCGUUUCAUUCUAAAAUGGGCAAUUCCAUUCCUUUUGACAACUCUGUGUUUUUGUAUAUGUCUUGUAUUAAGUUCUGUCUCUUAAAAUAUUAAACAUUUACUUCGUUAAUACUAUGUGACAUUCUCGGUCACAUGAUACUGUUGCAAUUUGCAUAGUUUUCUAAAAGGCAAACAACAGGUGAUUUUGAGUCAGAGAUAUCCACUUUGUGUGUUUUCAUCCACCCACUCAUAAAGGAAAUAAUGAAAGAAAAAGUCUCACCGCAUUUCACAGUUACUUCAUCUGGCCUACAGUGAUGUUCAUUACAUGCCCCUACUGAACUGUUAUGUACCACUACAAGCCUUCUGAAUUGAUUUGUUAACAUGCAAAAUGUAGUUUAUUUGAAUAUAUAAUUUUUAAUUAAAUUAUUAACAGAUUGGUUUGCUAAUCUGAACCAUGCUUCUGUUUAGAAUGACAAAGUGUACACUGUAUCACUAUUAGUGAAUGUUAAGUUUACCCUGCUAACAUAUUUCCCACUUAAAAGAACACAUGGUAACAUUAGAGCCAUGGUAAAGUAGCACCCAUUCUCUUGAAGGGCCAUGGAGCUCCCAGCGGUGCAGGUUCAAGUCCAGCCUUCUGCCCCAAACCCAUCCCAUUUCCUAUCAGCCUAUGCUAUCCUCUUUAAGAAAAAUGUAAAACGUUUUAGCAGUUUUACAAUAAUUUAUUUCAAUUAAUGUUACAAUGAGUAGCAAAUUCCGAUGCUUGGGGUCCAUACUUUGUUUGAUUUUCUGUCAUCUCAGGCAUGCAUCCUACUAAUGCAAUAACUGUCUUCUUUCUUUUUCAUAAAAAAACUCAAUCCAUCCAUUCACAUCUCUCUCUCUCUCUCUCACCAUCCUACUUGUGCUUCUCUGAGCAAUUUGCAACUUUGUGUUACAGCACUUCUCUCAUUACUGCCUCCUUGGGAUAAAUCGUUUCUGUUGUAAGUCGCUUUGGAUGAAAUUGUCUGCUAAAUUAAUAAAUGUUAUGACAUGUAACAGAAAUGUAUCCUUUGUUCUUAGCACCCUAUAUCAACAGAUAAUUGUAACUGUUGCAACAUAUUUUGAAAAGCAGAAGAGAAUCAUGCUAUCAUAAAUCUUUACCAGUGACAGUUCCUCAAAAAUGUCCAAGCUGCAUGUAGUGAAUCCUUUUGAUUGGAACUGAAAAAAGUUUCUGCUUUCUGCUGGAUGCGAGCAGAACUGGAAACAAUAGACAUACACAUAAAUGCACUUAUAAUUUAUUAGUAUUAUCAAAGAAAUCUUUUUUUCUCUUUCUAUCUUUCUUUUAUUUUUUUGGGGAUGUUUCAUAAAAUUAAGGAUAAAUUAUUCAAAAUCAUUCACAUUUGGCAGUCUUAUAUUUUCAUAUGAAUAGCAUUCGAUAAUUACAUUGAUUUACAGUAAAUAGAAUUCUGUGUUGAAAUUAAAUAGUGGAAUAUUUUAUGGAACUCCCCUUUAAAGGAAUGAGUCAGCCACAGAUCUCAGGUGAAACCAGUCUGGCACUAGACACACCAACACAUUAGAGUAGAACAGCAGCAUUUCCUCACUUGUGUGGAAAACACAUUCAGGUUUGAUGUGAUGAAAAAUGUUGGAUUCAUUUAUUCAUUCACAAAAACAAACACACACACUCACAGUAUGUACAGUAUAAAUAGAAGGGAUUUUGUUACUCACUGACCUUUAGUACAUGAUAGUAGGAGGUUGUAUGUACUAUUUGUCAGUGUGGGUGGUACACAAUCCCACCACCAUAUCUGGUAAGUUGCAGUCUCCCCCCUUCUCAUACAGGAAAUGUGUCUGCGUGCUUUUGCUCUUGUGGGCUUCUCAGUUUGUACUCUGUAUAGACAUCCUACAAAUCAAAACCUAAAAAAAAUUGUCUCCUUAUGCCUGGUGGUCUUUUACAAUGUUUUGUAAAACCCUAUAUCAUACAAUAUUAUGCCACAAUACAUUUGUGAGGAAAAACCCCAUCUUAUCUGACUUUAAUGUUUGACUGUAAUUCAUUCCUGAAACACUUGUGGAGCAAGUGAUGUUUUCCAGUCUGUCAUAAUAUUAUUGAUACUCAGAGGAUGCUCUGCACCAGUAUCUUUCAUGUAGCCUGCCAUGUAAAUCUGAAUAAAGGUGUUUGAGAUUACUGACAAGAUGGAAUUUCUAAAGCAUUCUCAUAGCUUAAUAAUGAAGCAAUCCAUUGCAAAUUUGAAUCACUGAAUAAUUCAUAAAUCAUUUGUAAAGUUCAGCCUCAAAAUGUUUAAAAAAAAUCACUGCUUCAUAACACCUUGCUUUAGGAUCAGCCAUUGUACAGGUGUCAAACAAAGGGGGAAAAAAGAUUUCAUUAACUGUGUGGUUCACUACACAUUUUAAUAAAUACCCUGUCACAAUUAAUAAAAUAUAUAAUAAGUAUAUUAUAAAUUUCCUUUAUGGGGCAGAUGAAAGAGCUGUUAAAUUACUUUUGUAAAUGAGAAAACACAGAAAGUACUACAACAGUGUGUUUAUGCCACUUAAAAAAACAAGAAUCUAAAAUUAAAGAAUGAAAAUCAUAUACUUUACAAGAACAAGAUUGUAAUGUUUUGUAUAUAAUCACAUUAUAGGCCUCUUUUUUUAUAUAGUCAUAACAUUAUGAGAUUGAAGUCGUCAUUUUUUGAGAAUAAGUUAAUAAUUUUACGAGAAUUAAGGGUGUGUUCACACUAGUAGUUCGAUUCUCUUGGUCCUCUUGGUCCGGACCAAAAAAAGAAAAUGAUACAUUUAAUCCUGGUUCGCUUAGCAUUCACACUGGCAUUUUUAACACAGAACCUAAAGAUAUAAAACAAAAGGCAUCAGGAAAAAGUAAAAACCUGAUUGGACAGCUUUUAUUACGUAUUUUUGCAACGGAACUUGCCGAACAUCCAAAACAAUGCUGGCUGCUGGGCGAAAUGCGCUCGUUUAAAUGUCUAUAUGGUGGUAUUUUUACUUGCUGAGAACAAACGAAGAGCUAAUAAAAUGUGUAAAGGAGUCAAAACAGCGCCAGGAAUUCCUCCAUUGCACACACAAACAAAGAUAUGCUGCAAGGACAGCUGACGGUGGUUCCGACACCUGUACUGAACUGUAAUGGGCAACAUAGCUCCUACAGUGCAUCUGGAAAGUAUUCACAGCGCUUCACUUUU